AUGCUACACAACAGGAACAACAGAGCGACAGGUGUCAACGGCGUCAACCUUAAGGAUGUUGUCCCGCAACGUCGACUAUGGAUCUUCUGUCCCCGGUUGUUGACGUUGAACUUGUUGCUGGUUGGUGCUCUCUGCGCCGGUGUCACCAAUGGCUUCGACAACUCACUACUCAACGGCCUUCAGCUUCUCGACACAUGGCAGCGCGACUUCGGCAGCCCAGAAUCCGCCUGGCUUGGUCUCAUCUCAACUGCCAAUCGCCUUGGAGCACUCGUCGCCCUACCUUUCGUCUCUCCUCUGCAAACGAAGCUGGGCCGCCGAUACCCCGUCAUCUGCGGGUCUGCCAUUAUGCUUGUCGGAAUCACCAUCCAAGCCUCUUCGCAGAGCGUGCCCAUGUUUAUCGUCGGACGGAUCAUUCUUGGGGCAGGUAAUCAGCUGCAAAUCACCACCUGCCCUGUGCUCAUCAGCGAGCUUGCAUAUCCGACUCAGCGAGCAACCUAUACCGCCCUGAUGAACAGCACCGGCAGCGUCGGACAGAUUCUCGCCGCGUGGAUCACGUUCGGGUCUAGCAGUCUUGAGCCCUCGUCUUGGUCAUGGAGGACUCCUGUCGCCAUCCAGGCCGCCUCAUCGAUCUUUCAGAUUGUGAUGAUGUUCUUCAUCCCGGAGUCACCUCGAUGGCUUGUUGCGAACAACCGAACAGACGAAGCUCGCCAUAUCCUGGUGAAGUACCACGGAGAAGGAUGCGAGAGCUCGCCCCUCGUCAAUCUCGAGUUGGCAGAGAUCACCCAUAUACUCAAGACCGACAAGAAGAAAAGCUCGUGGUUGGCAUGGUUCCAUGGACCGUCCAACCGCCACCGCUUCGCCAUUGUCUUCACGCUUGGUUUUAUCAACGCAAUAAUAUCCUACUACCUCCGCCUCCUCCUCGAAUCCUUCGGCAUCACCAACUCGACCACCCAGCUCCUCAUCAACGGCGGCAACACCAUCAACGCCUGGCUCUUCGCCAUCCUCUGGGCCUGCACGAUCGACUUCUGGGGGCGUCGGAAGUUGUUUCUUACAGGCAUUGGAGGCAUGUUCUGUUGCUUCCUGACGAUGACGGUCCUCGCUUCCCAAAGCGCUGCGUCCGAUUUCGCGGAUAGCAGUCUUGCCAGACCGGCGGUGGCGAUGAUCUUCCUGUUUGGGGCGUUUUAUAAGAUGGUCGGCACAACACAAGACCCCUACUUCGGAGAAAUCGCCUCCUUCGAGCUCCGCGACAAAGCGUACGUGAUCAAACAAUUCGCCGACUCUGCCGCCAACAUCUUCAGCGGCUUCACCAACCCUGUGGCUCUGGAUGCUAUUGGAUGGAAGUACUAUAUCGUUUGGUGUUGCAUGCUGGUCAGCCAUUUCACCAUUGUGUAUUUUGUUUAUCCUGAGACGAAAGGACUUUCGCUGGAGGAGAUUACGCAGCGGUUCGAUGGGACGGAGGUGCCUGAGAAUGCUGUUAGGGAUGGCAUGUCGAAGGAGGAUGUGUCGAGUGCCUGCACAAGGGCGAGCACGGAGAGGGAGGGUGCUUGA